GCCAUGGAAACCCAUUCCAUGAAGCUCUCUACGCACUGUUGUUGGGCUCAUCUGAAGGCCACACCAAGUUUGGAGGUCUUUAGCUAUUGACUCUGCAGACAGUUGAAGCCGUCUGCAUGCCUAGGGGCUUGAUUGUAUACACCUGUGUCCAUGGAGGGGAUUGGAACACCUGAAUCACAUGAUAUGGAGGGGAUUGGAACACCUGAAUCACAUGAUAUGGAGGAGAUUGGAACACCUGAAUCACAUGAUAUGGAGGGUGGAGACAAUAUUUUCGACAAAAUAGUGUACAUUAUAAACACUGAGGGGCCCCAUGUA